CUUGGUAGAAAUGUAAACUAGCAAGCUGCACAACUCCUCUCACCUACUGUACCACAUUACGCAACGGUUGGAUACUUAAAAAUCACCAAACAUCCUUUCUCUCUAUUUGCCUUACUUACUAUAAAUUCUGCCUAAACCCCAACAACACAACACACACGAAUCUCUCGUGCAGUACCCUCAAACAUGUCAUCGGCAGUAACAACAACAGCACCAAAAAUAGCCGAUGACGAGCUCUCUUUCUUCAACCAAACCCAAACAAUGGAGCUCAAGCCACUCUCGUGUAAACGACACCUCUCCCCCACGCUCGGCGAGCUCUUGAAGCGAGUCGAGGAUGCACAGUCAGACACUUCUGGCCCCAACACACCACGCCCUCAUCGAGUCCUCGAUGUCUCAUACGCAUGUAGCUCCGUAUCUUCAUCUUACCCUUUUGUUCUUUCAUUCAAAAACCUCACCUACAGUGUCAAGGUUCGCCAGAAGAUGUCGUUUUCCUCAUGCUUCUCUCGAAACGACAAGUCGUUAAAUAAUUUGGAAGCGGUGGAGAGUAGUAAGAUCAGGGUUAACACCAAGGUUUUACUGAAUGAUAUCUCUGGGGAAGCCAGAGAGGGAGAGAUCAUGGCUGUUCUUGGCGCUAGUGGGUCUGGGAAAUCAACGCUCAUCGAUGCUCUUGCUGAUCGAAUUUCAAAAGAAAGCCUCAAAGGGUCUGUGACUUUGAAUGGUGAAGUGUUGGAGUCGAGUCUUUCGAAAGUGAUCUCUGCGUAUGUUAUGCAAGAUGACCUUUUGUUUCCUAUGUUAUCUGUGGAAGAAACGCUCAUGUUCUCAGCCGAGUUUAGGCUCCCUCGAUCACUCUCGAAGUCAAAGAAGAGAGCCAGAGUUCAGGCGCUAAUCGACCAAUUAGGCCUUCGAAAUGCAGCCAAGACUGUGAUUGGUGAUGAAGGCCAUAGAGGCGUUUCCGGUGGUGAGCGUAGGCGUGUUUCGAUUGGAAUCGAUAUCAUUCAUGACCCAAUACUCCUUUUUCUCGACGAGCCCACUUCUGGGCUCGACUCGACUAGUGCGUUCAUGGUAGUGAAAGUGUUGCAGCGAAUUGCUCAGAGUGGAAGCAUUGUCAUCAUGUCGAUACAUCAACCCAGUUCCAGAAUUCUCAGCUUAUUAGACCGCUUGAUCUUCCUCUCACACGGACAAACCGUGUUCAGCGGCUCUCCAACGAGCUUACCUCACUUCUUCGCCGAGUUUGGACACCCAAUACCAGAGAACGAGAAUCGAACUGAGUUCGCCCUCGAUCUGAUUCGAGAGCUCGAAGAAGAUCCGGAAGGAACCAAGAACUUAGUCGAAUUCAGCAAGUCAUGGCAAUCAAAGAAGAACCAAGGAAACAACGACUUCCACAACGGUCCAAAGCUGUCCCUCAAAGACGCUAUAAGCGCAAGCAUUUCGAGAGGAAAAUUAGUCUCUGGUGCACCAAACAAUACCACCGGUCUCACAUCUUCGGUCCCAACUUUUGCCAACCCAUGCUGGAUUGAAAUGAUGGUCGUAGCCAAACGGUCCCUUACAAACUCGAGCAGAAUGCCUGAACUUUUCGGAAUCAGACUCGGUGCAGUGCUCCUUACUGGGAUUAUCUUAGCCACCAUGUUCUGGCGGCUCGAUAAUUCACCAAGAGGAGCACAAGAGCGUUUAGGGUUCUUCGCUUUCGCUAUGUCCACAACCUUUUAUACUUGUGCUGAAGCCAUCCCUGUGUUCCUUCAAGAGCGUUACAUUUUCAUGAGAGAAACAGCUUACAAUGCUUAUCGUCGAUCUUCCUACGUUCUUGCUCACUCUAUCAUUUCAAUCCCUUCUUUGAUCUUCCUCUCUUUCACCUUCGCAGCCAUUACUUUCUGGGCAGUUGGCCUAGCUGGUGGACUCUCAGGGUUCUUCUUUUUCCUCCUCACAAUCUUCGCAUCGUUUUGGGCUGGAAGUUCGUUCGUAACGUUUCUGUCAGGGGUAGUAGCUCAUGUCAUGUUGGGUUACACAGUUGUGGUUGCUAUCUUAGCUUACUUUUUAUUGUUCAGUGGGUUUUUCAUUACCAGGGAUCGAAUCCCAGUCUACUGGCUUUGGUUCCAUUAUCUUUCUCUGGUGAAGUACCCCUAUGAAGGUGUUUUGCAAAACGAGUUCGAUGACCCAGUGAAGUGCUUUGUCAGAGGAGUCCAAAUGUUCGAUAACACGCCACUUAGGUUAGUGCCAGACUCGGUUAAGGUGAACCUGUUGAAGAGCAUUAGCAAUACAUUGGGCAUGAACAUCACGAGCACAACUUGUGUGACCACGGGUUCUGAUAUACUAAAGCAACAGGGAAUCACAGAUAUAAGCAAGUGGAACUGUUUGUGGAUCACUUUGGCUUGGGGUUUUUUCUUUAGGAUUUUGUUUUAUUUUUCUUUGUUGCUUGGGAGCAAGAACAAGAGGAGGUAAAAGACAAAAUUGUUAGGAGGGUUGGAAGAGCUACAAAAAUCUAUGGUGGCCUCGUGAGUAAAAGAUUCUUGUUUUAAUAAUUAAUUAAUUGUUGUUACUGUCUUUUUUUAAUUUUUUGGGAUAAACUUUUGUUAGUUAGUUGAAUUUGCUUACAUUCAGCCAAAAAAAAAAAAAAGUUGAAUUUGUCUGCAAAGAUGGGAUCUAAUUGUUCCUUGAUCCCACUUGCCUUCAAUGUAAACCUGUAAUAUUUCACAACAUUUGUUACCAUAUAAUAUAUGUUCAGCAUUUUUAUUUUGUUUA